AUGUUUCUUAAAGCUGAAUUGGUAAAUAUAAAGGUUGAAUUAGAUUCUAAGAUUAGUGAGCUUGAGCAUCUAAAAUCAGAGGAUAUUUUGGUAUCUGUGGUUAGUAGAGAUAGUAAAAAAAAUAUAUCAAAGUCUAGACCCAAAAAGGAAGAGGCUAAGUCUCGCUCUGCAUCAUUAUUGCUUUGCAAUAAUAAUAUCUCUGCAGUUAGUGAAACUAGCAAAAAUCUUAAAAACCAAUUUCAAGAGAUAAAGAAUGUGACUCUAAUUAGAUCUCAUAAUAUUACAAUAGAAAGGAGUGAGGAAUUACCUAUUAUAGCAUUAGAUGCUAGCACGGUUAAUAAAUAUCAAACUACUUUUAUUAAAAAAGAGAGUUAUGGAUUUCCAAUCUGUCAUGCAAAAAACUUAAAGACAGAAUUAUCUCCAAUAAAACUUUUCCUUAUGAAUAUUGAUGAGGCUACAAAGCAUGCUUCAUCAUGCUGUAUUGGGCAUCUAGCAAUUAACAAAGCUGAAUAUAUAUAUAAAAAGAAAAAGUGUGGAUCUAGAUAUAUGCAGUAUGAUAAUUUGAUAGUUUGUGAAUACCAUUCUGAUGAACCAAAAUGGGCUUUCAUUAGAUAUAUGCAUGAAAGAAUUGCAAGUAAUCCAAAAGCAUCAUAUUAUAAAAAUAUUAAGUUUAGUUAUAUCUCAUCUGAAAAAAUUCCUAGUGUAAAAUCUUUCUUUCCUGAAAGAAGUACUGUUAUUAUCUUUGAAGAUUUAUGUGUUGCCUUUGAGUCUAUACAAAAUUGA